UCCAUGUGAUUUCUUUGUUGUUAUUUGGUCCUUUAUUUACUCGCCUUUGUUAUUAUGGCUCUCGUGCUCUCAAAGAGAAGCAAAACUGGUCUCUCAGAAUGGAUGAUCCCAUGUGCAGUAUCCUUCACAGGAGGGAUGACAGGAAUGGGGGUCAAAUGGAAGCUGCUGUUGGAGAACUCGGCAGCAUGUUUGGACAUCAGGUUACGAGGGAGGAGAUGAUGGAGGUGCUGCUUGCUAACAAUUAUGACCUGAAUUCGUCCAUUAGUGCUCUUAUUCAAAAGGGAAACAGACAGUCACCAGACAGAAGAUAUGAGAGUAGACAAGGUGACUAUGUUGGUGUUCAGUAUGACUUGCCAGAUGCUUAUUGUUAUGAAUCAGCUCUUUUUUUUGGAAAGUGCACUUGUGAACGGUUGCCAGUGAAGCGCUUGAUCAGGGAGUGGUACAACGAUAUUGUGAAGAAGCGUGGAACAGAGAAGCGAAAGCAGAAUGUAGGGCGGAGCCUCGCCCGCUCCCGAAAUGUGAGUCAGUGCAGUGCUGACUCAACUGUCACAAACAGCAUGGAUAGUCAUGAUAUAGGGGAGUCAAGUCAGGAUCUAAGUGAGGAUAGUCAAGAUAUCAUACCAGAUUUCUUUGACAUGGAAAUGGAAAGUGAUUAUGAAAACUCAUCAAGUACAAGUGCUUCUAGACAACAGACUUCAGGCAACUCAAGGAGCUGUUCUCAGGAGGAUGUAUUGCCAUUAGAGAUUCCUCAGCUUACAUUGAAGGUGAACAGUACAACAGAUUCUAAGUGUGUUGCACAUAAACCUGCCUCUUUGAGCAUCCCAAUCCCCAAACUACCAAAAGAAAAACCAGAGAGAGAAUACAAUUUCUCCAUUCCUCCAGUAAGCUCAUGUUCUGCUGUGUAUUCUGGUCCUAGUUUGGCAUUCCUUGUUCAGUCAAAAGAAGAAACCCCAAGUCCCAACUUUUUACCCCAACCUUUGUCAAGCCAUGGAAGUACUGGCCCAAGUUUGUCAACUUUAGCUCAGUCACAUCUUGGUAAUGUUGUCCCAGGUUUGUCAUCUCUUGCUCAGUCUCAACAGAAAAGCACUGGUCCUUGUCAGUCAUUACAGGCUCUUUCUCAUUCAGGGCAGUCUGGUCAUAGUUUACCGACUGCAUUGCAGCCAUCUUUGAAAAUUAGUGGGCCUAGUCUCUCAAGCUUGGCAGAGUCCAACCUAGGAAGCACUGGGCCUAGUUUGUCAAGCCUAGCACAGUCCAAUCUGGAAGGUACUGGUCCCAGUCUUAAUAGCCUUGUCAGCCAAGAAAGCAUUAGGCCAGGUCUUCCAAGCUUUCCUCAGUAUAGCCAAGUAAACAAUGGGUUUGGUCUUGCUAGUCUAGCUCAGCCAAAUGUAGGAGACACUGAGCCUAGUAUUUCAAGCCUUGCUCAGUGUAAUCAAGCAGGUGUUGGGCUUAGUCUUGCUAGCCUAGCACAGUCUAACUUAGGAAACACUGGGACUGAUCUUCCAAGUCUUGUUCAUUCAAAUCAAGCAAGUAGUGGGCUUAGUCUUGCUAGCCUAGCCCAGUCUAACUUAGGAAACACUGGGACUAGUCUUUCAAGCUUGGCACAGUCAAAUCUUGAAGGCAAUGGACCUACCUUGUCCAACUUAGCACAGUCCAACCUAGAGAAUAUUGGGCCAAGUCUUGUUGAUCUAGUACAGUGUAAUGUAGGAGACAGUGGUCCUAGUCUUUCAAGCCUAGCACAGUCCAACCUAGAGAGCAACGUGCCAGGUCUUUCAAGCCUUGCUCAGUCCAACCAAACAAGUAGUGGGCUUAACCUUGCAAACCUAGCACAGUGUAACUUGGGAGAUAGUACAUAUCCCCAUUUGGAAAUUGUAAGAGACAAUGUUUUAAAGCCUCCUGAUUUCAAAAUACCACUACUUUUAGGAUCUCCAAAGUCAGAAAGUCAAUUGCGUACAAAUAGCAGUGGUAUUUUAACAAUACCCCAACAUCUCAGCAAAAAUGAAACUGGCAAAAUGCUCCAUAAUCAUUCUGAAGAAAAUGUUCCUGGAGUGCCAAUAGAUUUGAGGGAUGCACUGAGUGCAAGAUUACUUUCAGAGAAAAAUGAGAUUGAUUUACCAUCUUUAGCAAGUCUGAAAGUUUCCUGUAAAGAACCUUUCAUGGAUCAUUCAUCACCUCGUCAGUCUUUUUCUCAUAGCAAUAUAUUUCCACAAGAUUUUCCAUCAAAUCCACAUUUGCCUCCUGGGCUAAAGGCACCACCAGGACUGAGUCCACCUCCAGGUUUAAGUCUUCCACCAGGUCUAAGAGUACCACCAGGUCUAAAAGCACCACCAGGACUUAAUCUUCCUCCAGGUUUAAAUCCUCCACCCGGUCUAAAAGCAUGUCCAGGGCAUAAUUUGCCUUCAGAGCCAAACUUACCACCAGGCCUGAAUGUGCUGCCAUCUCCAAGCCUUGACCCAGCACUUGAUUUAAAGACUCCUCAAAGACUAGAAGUUCAACCAUUACCCAAAGCACUAUGUGAUUCAAGAGGCAGUCAGUUUAUGAAAGCUGAAAAUGGCCAAAGUGAACCAGAAAGUUUGGAAAUGUUACUGAGAAUGCAAGACGAGGAAUUAGACAUAGCUGAGGAGAUUGAUUUACAGGCUGCUCUUGUUAAACAUCCUGAGAAGAAAGCAGAAAUUGAUACUGACAUUGAAGAAUCAUACAGUGUUUUCAUUGAGCCUGUGGCAAUUAAGUGUGAUACAUCCCUAUUCAAAAGCUCUCCAUCACCAUUUGGAGAGGUGAUGGUCAAAAAGCCCCCACUAUAUCCAGUGAAAAAGCUAGCUGAAAAAAGCUUUUCUGUUCCCUUUGAAAUUUUCAAGUUUGACACCCCAUCCCCUGAUGAACUUGUACGUAAGGCAUUGGAGGAUCAUAAAAAUCCUGACUGGUAUAGAUUAGUUACAAGGGAAAGACAGAGUAGGAGAUAGAAGUUUUUGACAUUUAGAUAUUAAUGGCCAUUGGAAGGGCAGAUAUGCAGGUAAUACACAGUAUAUUCUUUUUUACUUUUUUCAAAUCUGUUAUAUUUACAUUUUGAAAAAUGUAAAAUCUUAUUAGAUAUCAAGUGAGGGGUUUUGGUAAAGAUGGAUUUUUUAUGAUACAUGAAGGUUUGCCAGAUAUGUAAAGAUUUUAUGAUUUGUGUAUUAUUUAUCACUAUUGUGAUCAUUAUUUGUGAAAAGUCCCCUUUCUUGUAACUGAAAAGUAUAAUUAAUUAUUUCAUGUUCCCUCUCAGUAAGAGUGAUUACCUUAUGAAUUUAUCUCUUUACAGUAUUUAUUUAAGAAUUAUUAAACCAAGUUCUUUAGUAAUUUGUUUACAAUUACAAUAAAGAUGGAAAAGGUACUCUUUCUAGUAAUAAUAACAUAUUUUCUAGUUAUAGAACUGAUCCUAGAGAAAAGAACAGUAUUCCUAUUUGUAAGAGGUUUUAAGUGUGAUAGAAGAUUGUACAUAAUAUGUUCCAAGUAUCAGAUUCUUUAAAAGUCUUCUCAUUUACAUAUCUUGCAUAUAUCAGGGAAGACUUAUAUUUUCAAAUUCAUACUGAGAAUGAACAAGUGGAGUAGUUAUUUUUAUUGAACUUUUAACCAUAAUUCCACAUAAGACAAAAAUUUCAUACUCAUUAGUUUAAUGUUUUAUUUAGGUAAUUUUUUUAAAUAUAUAUCUGAGAGAGACAAGGAAAGGGCUCUAAUUUUGCUCUCAUAAUUACAAGUAAAGUAAAGUACAGGUAUUCUUGGUAAAUUGUAAUUGUAACAUGAACUCUUACAGCUCAUUCUCAGUUGGUAAUUUUUCUGUUGAAUGUAAGUAUAUUACACUAAGUUCCAAGUAUUAGAUUUUGACCUGCAUGAAUUUUGGUUAUUGUAUUUGAACUGCAAAGUUGACCUGAUGUCAUUGCAAUUCUGGCAAAAAUCUAAGUAAAUAAAGUUCUUAACUUGCGCAGCAUGGAAUUUUGGGUGACAUUUAAGGUACAAAACAAUAGCUCUGAGUCGCAGGCAAUGACUUUAUGGGAAAAUGUACCCACAUAAGACAUUCCAGUAUUAGGGUGAUUACACAUGAUAAGGUAGUAUGAGAUCUGAUUUGUCUAGCUGUGACCUGGUAAGAUGGGGUUGAAUUAGCACGACAUGAUAUGUAGUAAAACUGAAAGCAAUAAUGCAUUGUAUGGUAUUGUAGUUUCAUGGUUUAACCUUUUUCCCUUAGAUUUUUUUUUAAUUUGCUUAUAGGUUCAUGUAGAGAUGAUGUCAAAGUGUAUUUGAUUAGUAGAAUAUAUUGACUAUGGGUUUGCAAAGUAGAUAUUUUCAGAAUUUUUUUUAGAUAUUUAGAUAUCUGUGGAUUGUUUGGACUGUAUAAGGACAUUUGACAUGUAGUAGACUUAUUUUCUAAAGUUGCAGUGAAAUAUUUCAAUGUCAUUGUAGAAAUGUGAAAUUACUCUCUGUGUGAACUGAUUUUUAUCAUGUUUGCAUAGACUUUUUCUUUGAGGUUACCUGUUUUAUGCUGAUUUCUUUCAUAUUUGUAUGUGGGAACUAAGAAAAAAAUAUUUGCAAAAAAAAUAUCUUGAACCUCAUAGCCAAAACAUUGGAGGAACUUCAGCCAUCAGUUUAUUUCUUGUUUGUGAAAAUUAGGCAAUUGGUAUUAAUUUUUUCAAGUAUUGUCAAAUAGAAAUGUAUGGUUAGUGAUCAGCAGAAUAGUGCGAGGAGUAAAAUUCAAGCAUAUUAUAAAUGAUCAGCUAUUCUAGGUAAUGUCAGUAAAUUGAAAAAAUAAUACUGUUGCAAUUAUUGAUCAGCUUUAUCUACUCGUCAUAUACUUUUUUGGAUGACAGUGAGCUCAAGAAAAAAGUUGGGAGUACAGGUAUUGUAAAAAGUAACAUGUCUUUUUAACAUUCACAUUUCUCUCUAGAAUGUCACAUGCUCGCAGCCAUACAUUAAAUUAGAACCCAAGAUUUGAAGUUGAUGUAGGAUUGUAGGCUUUAUAUCCUCUAGAAAUUAUAAAUCCACUGUUUCCCGGGGCUUAGUGUAAGUUCUUUCGGUUGGAUCCUGUUAUGUGUUUGUAACCCUUUUCUAGUACUGUUUGAAAAUUUUUCAGGCAUUUUUAUAUGACUUUUUAAGAACUUUGGCAGUGUUGAAGCAGUUCAAAAUAGGUCCCUAGGGCCUUAGAUGAAUGAACCGCAACUUGUACUUAAAAGCAAAUACAUGAACACUAAUGUGUCAAUGAUAAUAUUAAUAAAUCAAUGAAGUGAAGUACAACCACCUCAUAAGGGUAAUCAAAAUUUCAAGGAAAAUACCAGAAUUUUUAUAGGUGUACAAAUAUUGCAACAUUGUGAUGUAUGUGUCUUUUGAUGGUUAUUAAUAGUGUGGUUGUAUUUCAUUUACUGAAUUCAAGGUCUACAGGCAUAGUUAGUCCUCUGCCAGUAUUCCUUUUAAUAAACCUCUCUUCUAGUAGUGUUGCUGAUUAUUGCAUAAAUUGGUCAAAGGAUUUAGUUUUCCAUUGACUAAUUGCAUUGUAAAGCAGAAGGAGAGAGAAAAUCCGGAGUGAAAUGGCUUUUGGAAAGAUUCCUUAUUAUUGUGCAAAGUUUUCCUUGUUUUAAAGAAAAUAGUUUGUUACAAAAUGUUAAGAAAGACAGAAAAAAAAAUAAAGACUGCUUGGACUAUACCUCAGAAGUAAAGAACUUCAGAUAGGUAAUGGAUAUAUUUUUAGUGUGUAAACUUUGCAUCUUAGAUUUGUACAAAACCACUUAACAAGAGUACUAAUGUUGUCCGUACCUUCAUGUAUUUUGAUUUUUAGGAUGUAAAUACUUACCCUCAAUAUGAUUUUUUGCGUGAUUUUAUGAAGCAUUUAAACUUUGUACCAGAUCUAUGAGACCUCUCAUUUCCCUCCUUAUAUAUACAUACACACAUGUGCCUUCAUUCACAAUCAUAUAUAUACUUGGGCACAUCACAUACCCACACCCACACCAUACACACACCACACACACACCACACA